AUGAGCCAAAAUCCCCCGAAAGUCCCUUCCGCCGACCAGAAGAUCUCUCCUCCUCUCAAACCCAAGCCUCGCUCUGCCAUACCGCCACAUUUACUGAACGGAAGUUCCCCUCUGCACAGUCCUCCGACCAAGACAAGAGCGCAAGAACGAGAAAGCCUGGCCUCCUCGAUCAAGAGCACUUACGAAACAAGGAAGGCGAUAGAUUUCGGGGACAGUGAGGCGUCCCCAAAUACAUUCCAGCAUACGUCUUGGGAGGGUCUCACAGAGGGCCUGUCCAACGUCGAAGCAAGACGACCCGUCCGUCUGCGGGAACCGGCACGUGAUGAGAGGGACGAAGCACCCAUGACUCCUCCGGCCAGCAUCUCCCGUCCCGCCAGUCCUUAUACACUCAAUCCGCCCAUUGACUUUGAUGGGCUGAGUUGGCCCUGCAUCGGCACGCGAGAACGACGCGAACAGACUCCGGAAGAGGCGCAGGCACGGUUGGACAAGCUUGCGGGAGCAGUCAAGACCAUUUUCGAAUGCAUUGGCGAAGAUCCCGACCGAGAGGGACUACGUGAGACACCAGAACGCUACGCCAAGGCCCUGAUGUAUUUCACGAAAGGCUACGAGGAGAAUGUGCGGGACCUCGUUAAUGGCGCAGUCUUCCAUGAAGACCACGAUGAAUUGGUCAUUGUCAAGGACAUUGAAGUCUUUAGUCUUUGUGAACACCACAUGGUCCCCUUCAUUGGCAAGAUGCACAUCGGCUACAUCCCCAAUCGACGGGUUCUGGGUCUGAGCAAACUGGCCAGGCUUGCGGAAAUGUUCUCUCGAAGAUUGCAGGUCCAGGAGAGAUUGACCAAGCAAGUGGCAUUGGCCAUUGCGGAGGUGCUCAAGCCCCAAGGGGUUGCGGUUGUCAUGGAAAGCAGUCAUCUCUGCAUGGUCAUGAGAGGGGUGCAGAAGACGGCCAGUAGCACGACGACCAGUUGCAUGCUGGGGGCGAUGAGGAGCAGUGCCAAAACCCGGGAGGAGUUUUUGAGUCUGCUGAAUCGGAAGUGA